AAAUAUCGAUCAAGUGUUUUUUGUCGCCCUCUACAAUUUAUUAUGGUCAAGAGAAGAAUUAAUUCAUUAGAGAUGAUAAAAGCAUCUGUUGUCGAUUUACAUUGAAUAAUGGGAUAGAUCUAUCUUAUACUUCGUUUGUGGUAUAUAUAAAAAAAAUAAAAAUAAUAUAAGAAAAUCAAUUAAACAAUAAUAUUCGUGAGUGAUUGGUAUAAAAACAUAAUUCAUUGCUAUAAGAAAGUUAUUGAAUGAUUAGUUAUAAAAUAGUUAUAAUUUAUUAAAAAUUAGAUAUAAGUUAACAAUGCGUAAUAUAGAAAUAAAAGCAAAAAUUGAUAACCCAGAACUUAAAAUAUCUCGAAUUGUGCAAUUAACUAAAGACAAUGGUAUCAUCAUGAAACAACACGAUAUUUUUUUCAAAGUAGCAGAAGGAAGAUUAAAAUUACGAAAAUUUGAAGAUGGCUCAGGAGAAUUAAUUUAUUAUAAAAGAUCUAAUGUAUUUGGUCCAAAACUUUGUGAUUAUGAAAAAGUAGCCUUGGAUGAAAAUGCUUGUAGUGGUAUUGCAAAUAUCUUAAUUGAAUCAAAUGGUUCUAUAGGGAUUGUAAAAAAAACUAGAAAGCUAUACAUGAUUGAUCAAACUCGUGUACAUAUUGAUGAUGUUGAAGGUUUAGGAAAUUUUUUGGAAUUAGAGGUAAUUUUAAAUGAUGAUCAAGACAUAGAAAGUGGUGAGAAGAUUGCUCAGGAUUUAAUGUCUAAGUUAGACAUAAAAAGCGAAGAUUUGAUAGCAAAUGCUUAUAUAGAUUUACUUAGCAAAUCUAUUGAAUAGCUAUAUUCAAUAAAAAUAUAUGUUUUGUGUAUUUCUAAAAUUAUUUUUUACAUUUUAUAAAAUUGUUAAAUAAACGAAAAUUCUUAAAUAAA